CUUGGUGUUCAUAUGUUUUUAUAAAUUGUUUUAAAGUACCUGUUCGCAGGCUGGAAGUGUUUUUCUAGGGAGAAAUAUGUAAUCAUGACGAAUAUUAACUGAAUAUAACAGAGAGUAAAGAUUAUAGACUUUGCAUAAAAGACUGCAAGUUUAUCGUCUUAAAUUUUCUCUUUAGCAUAUUGCAUGCUUAUUUCACGGAUAGAAUUAGUCAUGUGUUGCUUGUGAACAAAGCAAAAGCUUAUCGAAAUUGUUUUGCUCUUAUACAUAAUAUAUUAAAGUGCUUUGGUUGUUGAGCGUUUGCUAUUUUGAUUAGUAUUUCGCUUAUGUCAAGGGUAUUAGAGUUUCUGGUUUUGCAAGCGUAGAAAUGAACAAAACAGACCUGUCAAUUCGUCGAGAUUCAGGAAAUUCAGGCACAGCUAGCUCGCCCACAGAAGACACACUUAGCCCUACCAAGACGACGCUCGACUACUCGAGAAAGCAAGAAACUAAAAAGAAUGUUUCUGUCGCUGUUCCCGGCGUGAUGAAACCAAAAGCACCGAUAAAGAAGAAAAAAGUUGCUCCUACCAUCGAUGUAAAAGAUGAAAUAUCGAAAUGUCGCGAAAAAGGCUCAACUCGACUCGAUCUGAGCAAAGCUGGGAUUCACCAUCUUCCUAAAGACAUAAAAGAGUUGAAGAAGUUGACCGAGCUUUUUGUAUAUGGCAACAAACUGGAAUCACUUCCCAUUGAAAUUGGCACGUUGAACCAUUUAAAUACUUUGGCAUUAAAUGAAAAUAGUCUGACUACCUUACCAGAUAACCUUGUAAAUUUGUCUAGUCUAAAAGUGCUAGAUCUGCGACACAAUAAACUCAAAGAGAUUCCUAGUGUAGUUUAUGAACUUGUAUCAUUAACUGUCCUUUAUUUGCGUUUCAACCGCAUCACCUAUGUUGAUCCUGCCAUCUCUAAUUUAAGGCUCAUUACAAAAUUGAGUCUGCGAGAAAAUAAAAUUCGUGAGAUUCCAUGUGAAAUAGGUUAUCUUAUCCAUCUUAUGACAUUAGAUGUUUCUCAUAACCAUCUUGAGCUUAUACCUCAAGAAAUUGGCAAUUGUAUCAAAAUGAUAUCAUUGGAUUUACAACAUAAUGAGUUAUUGGCCUUGCCUGAUUCCUUGGGAAAUCUUAUUGCUUUGACACGUUUGGGGCUGAGAUAUAAUCAACUGUCAACAAUUCCACAUACUUUGGCAAAUUGUACGUUUUUGGAGGAAUUUAACAUUGAAGGAAAUCAUGUAACCGAAUUACCAGGAAGUCUCUUGGCAAAUUUCAAACAACUAAACUCAGUAACAUUGUCUCGAAACAAAUUUGUUAAUUUUCCAUCUGGUCCUCCAAAGCAACUGGAAACUGUCACAUCCUUCAAUUUGGAUCAUAAUUCUAUACAAAAAAUUCCUUUUGGGAUUUUAUGUCGUGCAAAAUAUCUGUGCAAACUGGAUCUAAGUAACAACGUUAUUUUAUCUCUGCCUGUUGAUUUUGGUACAUGGACAACUCUUGUUGAGUUGAACCUUGGAACAAACCAAAUUACUAAAAUAAAUGAUGAUAUUCAUUCUUUGGCGAAUCUUGAAGUUUUAAAUUUGAGCAAUAACUUACUUAAGAAACUACCUCGUGGUAUUGGUGCUUUAAAAAAACUGAAGACACUUGAUGUGGAAGAAAAUCAAUUGGAAAGUCUGCCUACGGAAAUAGAGUAUUUAAAAAGUUUAGAGAUCUUAAAUGCACAAUCUAAUCGUUUACAGACACUUCCUAGAUCAAUAGGUUACCUGAGCAACCUUACGAAACUUAGUAUUGGUGAAAACGUUAUAUCUUAUAUUCCUGAAGAAAUAGGAACUCUAGAAAGUUUAGAGCAAUUGUAUUUGAAUGAUAAUGAAAAUCUUCAUUAUUUACCCUACGAACUGGCGCUUUGUUCCUCUCUUCAAAUUAUGAGUAUCGAGAACUGUCCACUUUCUCAGUAUCCCCCGGAAAUUGUAGUUGGUGGUCCAUCUAUGGUCAUUCAGUACCUUCGUUUUCAAGGACCUUAUCGUGUGAUGUCAAAUGAUCCUAACCAGGUACCCGUGUCUGAUCUCUAGUCGUUCGUCAUCUGUUUGGUGAUGUAAGUGCAUGUUGUGUGGAGGAAUGAAUCUGGAAAAUGCUUCCAGUAGAUUGUUUUUAUAGUGGUUUUACGAGUCUUAAGGGUGAUAAAAAAGAGCCACUGGUUGGCUGGAAGAAACAAUAGUAUGUAAAAGUUAGCGGUCAUUUUUCAACAUGCAGUAAUAAUCAUGUUGUUGAGGAUGAUGGCUGCAAAAUAAAAUCCAUUUUUCCAUCUACUAAUUUAAUACCUCCUUAGAUUUAUGAAUAUUGUUCUACUGUAGAUCAUUACACAAUGUUCUGUGCUAAGUUUGUCUGCGAAUAUCAUGGGAAAGAUAUCAGAAAAAAAACGAAGAUGAUAUUUAUUCUGUUUUAGUUUCACUCCUUUUAUUCACAGACGAGAGUAGUUGUUCAACACAGCUUUCAAUAGGUUUAACAAGAGUUAAAAAUUGUGGUAAUCUUUGAGCUAAGGACGUUGUUGUUUUGUUGUGAUCAACUGUAGAUACAUGUGUAUGAUGUAGAAAUUUUUUAAAUUUGUUGUAACCGUAGCGUACAUUAAAGGAUUGUAUAUUUUGUGAUGGAUAUGUAUGUUUUAUUGUAUUACAAUAAAACUUUACUUGUACAUAGCUGUAGCAUUUUCAAAACGAAAAAAAGCAAUUUAGAUCAAAAAAUAGAAUACUUAUUCAAAA